AUUUCAUAAAAAUGGGAUGAAUGAAGUCCAAGAAUAAAGUCUCUCACCAUUCGGAAUCAGGGAUUGAUAAAGAGUGGCUGGAGGAGAGGAAAAAGAAAGAUCAAGAAGUCUUUCAAGCAAAAGCUAAGAAUAACAAGUUCUCCUUGAUAGAUAUUAUAAUAGGGUGUCAGAAUUUGCCAAGUCUUGAUACCUUCUCAGCUGCUGAUCCGCUUGUAGCUUUCUAUACUGAGAAGUCUUAUAUGUCUAAUAAGUGGACUUUGAAAGGACUGACUGAAGCAUUGAGGGAUACUCCUAAUCCUACAUUCCAGAAGUCCUUUAAUAUGGCUUACUACUAUGACACUGAAGAGAGGAUCAAGAUAGAGCUUUACGAUGUUGAUGACUUCAAGGAAGGAGUCCCACUCGAAAAGCAUACUUAUGUGGCGCAAUAAAAAUUGUGGUUGUUGGUGACAUAGUCAGGUCUGGUAUUC